UGAGUGGUCUGUAUGACUGGAAAGGCGCUAUAUAAGUUCAGUCCAUUUACCGUAGUCUACGGAGGUGCAGUUGUAUCGUCCCUGCAGGGAGUUCUGGUCUUGAUACAGCCUGGAGGAUCUACUGUAAUGUCCCUCUAUCAGAGUUCCUAGCAGGCCCAGAAGGUGGUUCCAUGGACCGCUUGAGAGGAUGAAAUCCCUAAAAGAGGAAUAUUUUAAGAAGAGCUGCAGGGAAGCGGGUAGCAGAACCUUCACACUGGUUUCCAAACCAAAACGAUUCAAUGCAGGUCACAGUUUGAACUUUGUAUUGAGUGAUACGGCAGCUGCUCAGCACACGACCAGAGAACAGGGAGUUUAUAAAGGAUCUGAGUGGAGCUGGAGCUGGUUCAGUUGUCACUCUGGGGGCUGAAGAUCGGACAGGAAAGCCCGUUUGUUCGGCCCAUCAUGGGUUACAGCCAGCUGUGUAUGUUCCUGUUGCUGAGCAGCUACUCUCUAGCACAGGAUGUGGAGGAAGCUGCUUCAUGCCAGAUGGCUUCAAGAUUCAAGGUCCAAAGGAAGUAUGUGUACCAGUACAGCACAGAGAGCCUAAAUAAUGCGGGGGGCUCUGCCAAAAACGGUCCUAAAGUCACUUGUGAGGUAGAGAUCGAAGUCCCCCAGAUGUGCAGGUUCAUCAUGCACACCAGAGACUGCACUGUCAGCGAGGUGUCUGUCAUGGAUCCUCAGGAAGAGCCGGUCUACAAUCCGGCACCGGGCUCCGAUGCCUUCAAAAGCAGCAUGGAAAAGAGUCCACUGAAGGUCAGCGUCCACUCAAACAGUCAUGUGGAGGUUUACCCCGAAGCAGACGAGCCUGUCAACAUCCUCAACAUCAAGAGAGGGAUUAUUUCAGCCUUCCUGGUGCCCAUCAUGGAGGAUGGACAGAAUAGUCUUGUGAGUACAGUCCAUGGCCGGUGUUUAACAGCAUACACAGUUAAUUCCAGGCAGGAUAUUGCCACAGACGUCAGUCUUUCCAGAGACCUGUCCCAGUGUGACCAGUUCUAUGGCAGGACACUCACCAGCAGCCCCCUGGCUCUGCUGCAACAACUGCACAGCCCCAUAUCCAGACUCAUCAUCAACACUCAGAGCUGCAGUUACCAGUUUGAUAACAGGGGAACACACAUCACCACAGCCACAUGCACAGAAAAGCACAGAUACCUGCCAUACUCCUAUGGUGAAAGUGAAAUCUCAUCUGUGGUGACCCAGCAUCUCAACUUUCAAAGUGUAAAAAGGAUCAGUAGCAGAACAUUUGAUGCAGAUCCCCAAAAGGCAAAACCUCUCCACUUUGAGGAUCCAGAGGACAAAACUCCGGUCCAGACAAAGGACGCCGUUCUGAGCAUCCUGCAGGAGCUGGUGGCAUUAGCAAGCACGGCUCAAGGUCAGAAGAGGACCAGCCUUUUCCACAAGCUAGUGUCCAGCAUGAGAGUCCUGCGGAAUGAGACCCUCAGCCAGACGGUUGUGGAGAUGGUACAAAUGUCUAACUGGCUGACCUUCCAGGCCCUGUUUCAGUGUGGUACUGCAGAGUGCACUAGCGCCAUCAUGCAGGUUAUCUGGACCUCUGAUGGGGUCUCACUGGAGGUGGAUGCUCUGGUUUACACACUGGGUCUGCAGUCCAAUCCUGAUGCAGCACAUGUGCGAGAUAUGCUCAGCAUGGCUCAGUACAAACAGAGCAAAGCUAUCAUGUAUGCUCUGGCAAACACAGUGAAAAGGUUCUAUAAGGGAGCGGUAACUCCAGAGAUCACUGAGGUGUCAAAGUUCAUGGAGAAGAUGCUAAGCGACUGCUCAGAGGAAACACAGGACACUGACAGGGAUUUCCCUCCAGAUCCUAAGGAGGAGGCCUUCCUCAUACUCAGGGCUAUUGGUGUUAUGGGUCGGGCCAUGCAAGACGUCAGUUCAUCACUCAUCUCUUCCGUUCUGCGAUGUAUGAGGAAAACAGAUAUUUCAUUAUCCAAUCAGAAGGCAGCUAUCCAGGCCUUCAGAUUGAUGGAAAUUACCGAUGAGAUUCGAAGCUCUCUCCUGGAAGUGUACCAGGACACUCAAAGUCCUGCUGAGAAACGUCUGGCAGCCUACCUGGUUCUGAUGAAGAACCCAGACCACACCCUCAUCAGAGAGAUCACAAACCGUCUAACGGAUGAGAAGGAUGAGCAGCUAAAGAGCUUUGUGGUCUCCCACCUAUAUAACAUCCAUAACUCUGAUGAUGAAAAACCUGAACUCAAGAAGCUCAUUGAGGUGGCCUUGCAGGACAAACUGUUGCCCAAAAAACACGUGUUUAAUCGUUUGUCUAAAAACUACAAGCUCAGCUCCCCGCUGGGCUCAGUCCAGAGCAACAUCAUCUUCGAUGACAGGAACACACUGCCGAAGGAGCUGAAGCUGGAGGCAUCUAUGAAGGCCUUUGACCACAGUUAUGACAUGUUUGAGCUUGGGGUUGAAGGAGCAGGAUUUGAGCCAACAAUCAAAGCCUUUUUUGGGGAGAAGGGCUUCCUCCAUGAAACUUUUUCCCAACUCAUGAUAUUUGCAGGGGACAGCGCUCCGAUGCUCCGAGAAGUUCUGGACAGGAUUUCACCAGGAUUUCACCAAGGCAGAAAGAGGAGACAGGUUCCAGAAGAUCACUUGAAGGCAAUUAAAGAGAGCUUUCAGAAGCUCCUUAAUGAUGUUCGAUUCUCUGCGGCUCCUGAAGCUACCACCUUUCUUCGGCUUCUGGGAGAUGAAAUCGGAUACAUGAAGACGACUGAAAUGAAAAAAAUUUCCGAGACUCUGUUGAUGUACUUCCAUAUUUUUAUCAGAGGACUACCUGCACAGGCCUUCUUUAAGCUGACUUCCAGCACUGAAAACGAGAUGUUUUUCCACUACAUCUUCAUGGAGACUUCCUUCUCUUUACCCACUGGUUCUGGUUUUCCUCUCAAAUUCUCUUUGUCUGGAGUGUUUGCACCUGGUGCCAGAGGAGGCCUGACACCCUCAGCAGUGACGGACGUCUCCUUCAUGCCUUCAAUAGGGUUGGAGUUUAUCACCCAAAUGGGCGUGCACCUUCCAGACUACAUGGAUGCAGGAACUGAGAUGCACACUAACUUGUACCAUGAGAGCUCAUUUAAUGCCAAAGUAACUGUAAAGAAAAACCACAUUAAAGUGUCCAUCCCUGCUCCAAAGUCCAACAGUCAGCUGCUCAGUGUCCGCAACAAGAUGCUGUCCAUCUCAUCUGGACAAACUAAGCUGGUGCCAUCUCUGGUGGAGGACCAGGUUGACUACACUGACUGCCGGCCUCUGUUUAAAGGACUCAACUUGUGCACAGUGGUCAGCUACUGCAAUGCUUCCUCCAUCGAACAGGCUCCUUAUUUCCCUCUGACUGGAGAAACUAUGUUUGCAGUUGAAAUCCAGCCCACAGGGAAAGUUUCCGAGUACACGGCCACCGUCACAGAUGAAACUAUGAGGGAGGGUAAAAAAGGCCGACCCAAAGUGGAGUCUCUGAAGCUCACCCUGAGGACAGAAGGCGAAGAGUCAGUGGAGGCCACUGCAUCUGUCAAAUAUAACCACAAUAAAAAAGCCAUCUCCACUGACUUGGUCAUUCCUGACUGCAAUGUGGAAGCAGGCAUCAACCUGGCUGUAACUGAGAGUGAUCAAGAUGGAAGAAAGAUGAGAGGUUUCACUUUUGAUGUGACCAACAAGAACAUCCCACAGCUCACUCUGUCAGGACGUGCAAGACAUGAAAUGAUGAAGGAGAUCAUGCUGCAGCUCCAGAUGGACAUUCCCUCUCUGAAAACGGAUGCAUCCCUCACUGCAAUCCUAAAGAAGGAUGAUAAUGUACUGAUGGACUUUGAAUCAGUAAUCCACCUCCCUGAGACUUCAUACCAGCAGAAAGCAUCUCUAAAAUAUGAUGAUGAUAAGUUCCACAUAGAACUGAAAACAGACCUGAAUGCAAAGAUAAAGAAAAUGAUCACAAAUGCAGAAGGGCAUCACAGGAAGCUGCAGAAGCUCAUCGAUGAUAUCUUAGACCAGAAAGUGGCCAAGACGGACAUGAAACUGCGCCAUAUAGUAACCAAAGGGAUUGAGGCAGGUAACAACUGGCUGGACAAACUGGCCGCUCAGUUCCCCUCUCUUGCAAAUCUUCGAAGGAAGAGGAGCAUCUCUGACCUCAUCUUGCCGCCCCUACCUGAGAAACUGUUUCUGCAGUUUGACAGUUUGUUUCGAUACCAGUUCAACAAAGAAAAUAUAAUCAUGACUCUCCCUCUUCCACUUGGAGGGAAAAAGUCAGAAGAGCUGAACCUUCCAAAGACUUUGUCCAUUCCAAUCAUAGAUCUACCACAGAUUGGGCUAUAUAUCCCAGCAAAAAAGUAUGUACUCUCAUCAUUUAGAGUACCAGCCUCUAUAGAUCUCACCAUUCCUGUUCUCGGACUGGCCGAAGCGUCAGCAAAGAUCCACAGCAACUUAUAUAACUGGGAAGGGUCGAUCUCCGGAGGCAACAACACUGUUGAUAUUCCGAGCUACAUUGCACAGUACAAGGCCAUGGCUCAGUCCCCAAUAAGUUUACUGUCAUACAAACUUGAAGGGGCCGGGAUGAUAUCAGGAAGAGCUGAUGACAAUCUCAAGUAUCUUCUCAACUGUUCUUUCAGCCACAUCCUCCUUGACACCAGCUUUAGCAUCUUGGAAACCUUAGGAGUGACCAAAAAACUGAAUGCUCAAGCCAAUUACAAGUUAGAGGCCUCCAGUCCAUUAGGCCUUCAUGCCUCUCUCUACUACUCUGCUCAGUCCACUUCUACUCUGAAUUCUGAUGAAGUUUCGGGAGAUGGUACUCUGGAUGGACUAGUUAAACUUGCUUCUUUCCACACCAGCGCCUCUUAUAGCCACAGCUACAAUCUGCGUCCUUUGGAUCAUGAAGGAAGGGGGGAGUCCACCUUACGCUUUGACUGCCCCUUCAUCCAGUUUCAAAACAUGAUCGUAGGAGUUUAUGCACACUCUGAGUUAAAAGUUGUAUCCAAAACCAGUACCCAGAGGGAUGUCUUCAAGCAUGUUGCAGAGCUCAGGUACAAAGAUGCACAACUGACCUUAAAGUGCAAUGCUGUUGGGUUCGCGUUGGGUAAAUCACUAAAUAACAUAGUUGAGCUUGCUGUAUCAAGCCAUAUGUCCAUUCUAAAAAUUGAGUCUCAGGAAGACAAUGACAAAAGUAGGGUAUACUCACUAAUAACUGGAUCCCUCGGUUCAAACGGGCUGGAGGUUAACUCUGAGGGUUUCCUCACCUUUGACGUGGGUCGGGCCUUGCAUAAAGCUUCUGUAAGAGCUGGAAGAGAUGGUCUGACCUUCAGUGGAAUGAACAACAUACAGUGCAGCCCAGUGACAAUGGAGAAUGCCUUUGUUGGUGCAAUAAAUGUCAGUGGAGCAUCAUUUACCUCAACUACCAAAGUGAUGGCUGAGGAAGGCAGAGGAGAGCUUAGCAUUGAAAGUAAAAUCACUCCUUCGGAGGCUUCUUUGUAUGCUGACCUUAAGGGACAUGCGUAUGAUGCGGCAAUAACAAACAACAUGAAUGUCUUGCUAAAUAGAAGAGCCCUGACUUUCACUGGUAACACAAAGGGAACGCUAAGGCAGAUGACAGCAGAAAACAGCCACAAACUGACCUUCACUCUCUGGACAUUUUCCCUCCGCUCUAAGAGUAACAACUACGUCUGUGACGAUCUCUACUACAGUCAAAACACAAAGGUUGAUGUAAAACCAUUUGUUCUGGGAGUUGACAUCACCAACAAGCUCAGAUUUUAUGACCUCAGUUUGAACAAGGAAAGUCUCAUGAAGCUUGAGCCGCUUGAGGUGGAUCUCAGGGGAACUUUGAAUGGAGCUUUCAGAGAACAACACAACAUCAAGCACACCUACGAACUCACCUACAAAGAAAUGUCUGGUUCAGUGACAUACAUUACAUCUGGAAACAUAAUGGAUGCCAACUUAAGUCACAAGUGUGAACUUAAAUUUGCUGGAUUUAUCUCAAACUCAAAGUGUGAGGCAAAAUUAAAUUCUGAACCUCUACGCUUUGGUGGAAGCCUUCACAUCCAGGCAUUGCCUUUUAAUCUGAACAUAGAUUCAUCGAUGAACAGUGAUGGAGAAAUAAACCUAGAUGGCAAGCACAGCGGACAGCUGUUUAGCACAAUGUUGGUUAAAACGGCUCCUCUAGCUCUCGCAUGGUCACAUGACUGCCAGGUAUCGACCACACAUAGGCUUCCAAAUGAAGAGUAUUUAACCAGCUUUACCAACAAAUUUGAAGGUCUCUUAACUCCAAAAGACCAAUCUUUGAACUGGAAAGUAAACUCCAAACUAAACAACCAUGCUUAUGAGCAGAGUGUCAGUGCUUACAAUAAUCUUGAGAAGGUUGGACUUGAGUUAUCAGGAGUUGCCCUUAUAGACUUUCUCAGCAGACACAAGAGAUCCUCACCGGAAGCACAAAAGUUCAGCAUGGUUGGCUUCCUGAAGUACGACAAGAACAGUGAUUGUCACAUCAUUGAGAUCCCGGUCAUUGAGAGCUUCCCUGCUGCUUUUGAGCAGCUUAAGAGGACAUUUGUACGAGUCUUAGAAUCUCUUCAACAAUUAAUACAGAGUUUAGACAUUAAUCAGCUAAUCACUGACUUCAGAGCCAACCUAGAUCGACUGCCAAUACAAGUGAAGAACUUUAUGAGAAAACUUGACCUGGAGAACAAAGUUGACAAAAUAAAAAAAAGACUUGAUUAUUUAAUCAAUGACUUUGCAGUAUCAAUGGAUGACUUGGAGCUUGGUGUGAGCAAGCUGAGACAGAUUUUAGAAAAAAACAUUUUGGAUGUAGUUACAGAAGUUCAUAACCUCAUCUCUACCACUGAGGAGUACAUCACUGCAGGGCAUCUGACCCACAAAGUAACAGCUGUACUUUCAUUUAUUGGAGAUCAGCUUCAGGCUUUUGAUUCAAAAUAUAAUAUUAAGCAGUCACUUGUCAGAACACUGGAUUUCAUGGAGGAUAUCAUCAGACAGAUGGACUUACAGAAGCUCAGAGAAAGCAGUGCAGCAUUCAUGCAUGAGUUUGAUUUAAAAUACGGGAUCCUGGAGGCAAUCAAGGAGAAACUAGUUGAGCUGAAAAAGAUCAUUGAGGAUUUCAACCUUACUCAGUUUAUGGAAGGUGUGAAGAACUACCUCCUGUCAAUUGAUUGGGCUUCUAAUGUGGAGCAGCUUUCGUAUCAAAUCCCAGUGUCAGAGCUAGCAAAAGUGAUGGAAUCGAUGAAUGAGGUUAUCGUCAACUGGAUUGAUGAAUAUGAAAUCCCCAACAAGCUAAAUGCUAUAUAUUCCUACUUCAAAGAUAUACUUGUAAAAUACGAACUUGAUGAUAUCUUCAAGGACUUAAUGGAUCAAGCAGUGAUUCUUGUCAAAGAGUGGAAAAUAGAAGAAACUGUGCACUCAGUUGCUGAUGCUCUGAAAUCCAUCAAACUUGAAAUAGUUUGUGAAACAUUUAUGAACUUUCUGAACAGUGUAACAAGCAAGAUUAGAGAAAUUCACUUUAAAAAAAGCAUUGAUGCCCUCAAUGAACAUGUUUCCUCAAUACUUAAAUCAGUGAAGGAUUUUCACUACGGAGCAUUUGUUGAUGAGACAAACAUUAAGCUUGUUGAGCUGACAAAUUACCUGAACUCAGAAAUCAAAAGGUAUGACAUUGUGAACAAGAUUGAGGCUGUUAGGCAGUUUUUCAGAGAAAUUCAAAAUUCUAUUUAUACAUAUCUAGAUGAACUUAAAAACACCAAAGUGGCUGAUGCCUUGAAGAAGCUGAAGGAUGUGAUGGACACUGCAUUUUACAAUGACAUCAAACUGAAAGUGGUGGACAUUCUGGAGGACACAAGGCAACGGAUUCUAGACAUGGACAUUAGAGAUGAAAUUCACGUCUACUUCCAGAGAACAAGUGACUCCUACAAAAACAUUGUUGCCUUCUUUUCUGCACACUUUAAUGGGCUGAUGGUGUGGAUCAAAACAUUGACUGGUGCUAAUAAGGUCAUUGACCAGCUGAAGGAAGCUGUAGAAGAUGUUCUAGAGCAAUUCAGAAGAGCUGAAAUCAAAGUUCUCACUUUUACUGUCCCUCUUACUGACCUGGUAAUACCAGGAUUCACUAUUAACCUCAACAAAUUGCAGGAGAUCACCAUUCCAGCUAAGAUAUCAGUACCAGAAUUCAACAUCCUCAGUUCAUAUACAAUCCCUGCUUUCACUAUAGACUUUAAUGAGAUCAAGACCAAGAUAGUUGCAAUCAUUGAUCACAUCCGGAGAUUUAGGAUCCAAACGGCUGACCUGGAGGACAUCUUUGGCAACUUAAAAGUUCUUUACUUUUCUGACCUGCCAGACCUCACCUUCCCAGAAAUUGUCCUUACAGGAAUGAGAUUUCCAGCCAUGAGCAUUCCCAAAUUAAACCUGCAGAACUCUAGGAUGAGAAUGCUUACAAUUCCUGAUGUGACACUUGCAGAGAUUCCCACUGACAUUUGCAUCCCAGUGUUUGGCAAACUCCAUGGAGAAUUCAGCGUUACCUCUCCACAGUAUAUACUAGUUAACAAAUUAAAAAUUGAGAAUUCCACUUCUGAUUUGUCAAACCCAAAGUUUACAGCUACAUUUACUUCUCUUGCUAAAUCCCCAAUCAAAGCCAUGGAACACACUUUUGAAACCAUCGGUCGGCUGGAGGCUCCAAGAAUGGAGAACCUCCAAUUUACACAGACCUUGAAGGCUACACACAUGGCCUUCUCAGUUGAUCAUGAAGGAUCUCUGACACUUCCUGGUUCUCCUGCAGAGGUCUCUGCCAAGUGUACCACCUUGGUCACAAGUCAGUUCUACACAGCAGACAUGGUUGGUAGUGUAGCUCUGUCAUUGGAGAAUGGAGUAUCUGCAGUAAUAGAAACAACUUACAACCACAAACUGGAUAUCCCAAUACUAGACGCUUCCAGUCAGGUAUCACUGAAGCAAAAUAUAACAACAAGAAUGGAGCCUGGAGUCUUUACUGUGAGUACUGACACUAGCGGAACUGGGAAGUGGUCUAUUCAAGACCUCUCUGAUGAAGGCACCCACAGAACCAAUGUAGAAAUUAAAGUUGACUUUACAACAGCAAAGCUUACAAGUGCAGGAGAAAUUGACUGCAAAGUUUUAAAAUCAAAGCACACACUGACUGCUGAAUCUGCCAUCUUAAGCCACAUUGCUGUAGAAGCUCAAUGUGACUCCAAAACCCCAUUGGUCAAAAACAGCGUUCUUGUUUUAAAUGGAGCGGCUUGUGUUGCAGACUUGAAAGCUGCACUUACAGUCUCCCAUGAGGCUGAGUUUAUUGGAGAUUUGGCAGGAACCAUGUCUAACUCCUUGGAAUUCAAAGCCCAUCCAUUUGAGAUGGUUGUUGAUGUUAAGAACCAGCUGAACUCCAAAGUUUUACUCCCCCUAAAACUCACCAGUAAGAUGGACCUUCAGCAUGAUUGUGGUGUUGUGAUCAACUCGGAGAAACAGACUGCAUGUUGGUUUGCUUUGGCAAGAUUCAAUCAGUACAAAUACACCCACAACGUUACAGCAGAAAACAAUGAGAGGGACAUCUACUUCCAGUCUAUAGCAGAAGGAGAGGCUAAUUUGGAGUUUCUGACAAUUCCUCUCUCUGUCCCACAAAUGACAAUACCUUACCUCAAAAUCCAAACCCCCAAGGUCACAGACUUUUCUCUAUGGGAAGAUGGUGGCUUUAAGUCCUUGCUUUUAAAUCCUCAACAGUCAUUUGAUAUGAACCUCAAGUUUCAGUACCACAAGAACCCAAACUUGCACCACCUGGAGUUACACCUUGAACCAGUCUACAAUGCAAUCAGUGACCAUUUUGAAAUUAUCCAAGGUCUAUUUGAAGUUUACAGAGAUAAAGCGGUUACACUUCUGAAAGAUUCAUAUCAUGAAGCAAGAGCACAAUACAUCAAACACAAAAUCGACACUUCUAGUCUUCCUCCAAAAAUCUUCAGGGUCCCGGGAUACAAAAUUCCCAUAUUGAACAUAAAGGUCUCUACUUUCAGAGCUGAGAUGCCAGCAUUCACUUUCUUUGUUCCCAAGGAGGUCAGCACACCGAGUUUCAGACUUCCAGCUCUGGGAUUCUUUGUACCAUCCUACACCCUCGUGCUGCCAUCUUUCAGAUUUCCCAUCAUCCAUGUUCCAGAAACUUUAAGCGAAAUAAAACUACCCAGUUUUACCUUGCCAGAUGUCCAGGACAGCAUUGUGAUCCCAGCUUUGGGCAACAUAACCUGCUGCUUCUCCUUUAAAUCCACCCUGAUUGCCCUGAAUGCUAAUGCAGGCCUUUACAAUGAGUCGGACAUCGUUGCCCGCUUUGGCGUAUUGUCUGUGUCUGUGUUUGAUGUUCUGAAUGGAAAAGUUGACGGGACCACCAGUCUGACAAGGACGAGGGGAUUAAAACUGGCUUCCACCGUCACUUUGGAGCACACAAUUGUUCAAGCCAACCAUGAAUGUUUGUUUAGUCUCACAAAGAGGAACAUGGAAGCUUCUGCAGCCAACUCUGUGAGAAUUCAUCUACCCUUCCUCCAGAUGGAAAUGAGUCAAGAGCUCACCGGGAACACCAGAACUAAGCUGAAUGUCCUUUCCAAAAAAAAACUAAGCUACAUGUUUAAUGUUCCUCAGACUGUAUCUGCAGGCAAAGGAAGCGUUGAACUAACCUGGGGCCUGGAAGCUCUGUCCUCUCAUGUGUUACUGGAGUCUUCUACUCAAGGAAAGUCAGACAUAAUGAUAAUGGACAUGUUUAAUAUUGUUGACAAUCUGGAAAAUAGGCAAACUUUCUACAUCAACGUUAAUGGCCUGCGUACAACUAGCCAGACUUCCCUGAACUUAAAAAUGGACAAGCAAGAGAAGCAAAAACGAAGCGGGAACAGCAACCUGUUCUUGUUGGAUCUGGAGAAUGCAGUAGCUUCUGAUGUUUCCUUAUGCCGCGUGUAUGCAACGCUUCAAUGUAAAAGCAAUAACAAUGUUCAGGUUGGACCUUUCAUCACGAGUGGAAAGCAUGUUGUCAGUGGGGAACUGGAUUUAGUUCCUUUAAAAACCUUCAAGACUAAACUGAAGUCUGAAGUUGAUCAGUUAAGUAGUUUGGGUAAUGCUGGGCUCAGUCAGGACAUCAACAUGGCCAUCAUCUAUGAGAAGCAGUCCUUCACCUGGAGACUAAAGGAACAGCUGGGAUCAGUCUUUCAUGUUUCUGACUGGAACAUUUUUAAUGAAGCAUCUGAAGCAGGCUUGGCCUUUUCUGGAUCAGUGGGGGGGCACCUGGCCUUCUUGAAGUCGAUCAAACUUCCUGUUUAUCAGAGGACCCUGUGGGAUGUGCUAAGACUCAAUGAGGUCACAAACCAUCAUGACAUGCAGUUCUUUAACUUCUCUUCUGCUAUUAUUUACACAAAGAGCAUGGAUGGCUAUGAUUACCAAAUACCAUCAAAUAUUUUUGAAGAUGGUGUCACCUUCAGCUUGCCUGUGUUUAAUGUUGCUGUGCCUUUGUGGGUAAAAGAAGUCCCUCACUCCAUCAAGAACGUAGACGUGAGAUUUGAAAAUGUGGACCUCCCAGAUCAUGUCAGUCUUCCCCCGGCAAUCCCAGUCCCUGCCUUUAAUGUCCCAUUUACCAGCUUGCACAUCAAGUCCUUCACAGUGGAUCCACAGAACCUGAACGUCCCGAAACUGAUCACCACCAAGGCUUUUGACAUCAUGCUCCCGAGCUUGCCUGUAAUGUCAGUGCCCAGUUAUGACAUUACCACUGAGUAUCACCAGAACAAGAUGUCCUUCCUGUCAUUCAAGAUUCCACAGUAUGAGAUCACAGUGUCUUCCUUCACCUUACCAAAGUCCAUCACCAUUGGAGAGCUCACUAUCAGUGUUGACGACAUUACGAGUCACAUUUCAAACUUCAAAAUUCCUACUAUCAUUAUUCCAGAACAAAAGGUGGAGAUCCCUGAAGUUGUCCUACAUCUGCCUUUAAGUAUCUUCAUCCCAUCUUUUGGUGCACUCAGUGCCACUUUAAACAUUUCCUCCCCUGUCUAUAAAGUGUCAACAACUGUCUCUGUAAGCAAUAAGGACCCCAACCUUGAAAGUUCAGUCCACUCCUUCUGCACGUCCACCAUGGUCUUCAUGGAAUAUGAUCUGACUGCCUCUGCAACCGUUGGAUAUGAUAACGAGAUGUUUCAUCUGAAUGGGAAAGGCAAGGUGAGCCACAGGGAUGUGAACGUGAACUGGCAGCAUGUGUUGGAGCAUCCACUAAGGAUAAAACGUCAAAUCUCUCGAGGUAAUUCUGUGAACCGGGAAUCUCGUCACACCCUAGAUGUCGACAUCACUAGCCGUAUGUUCACAGAUGCAAGCAUUCGCUUUGCUUCCCGCAAGGAUAGCAUCACAGCAUCUGUGUGGUCUCCAUCUGCUGGUUUCCUGGGGCUGCACCUUCAGCGAAGGUCUUCAUCACAGCUGCAAGGAAAACUGUUCAGCCGAUAUCUGUCCACUCCUGUGAAGGACACUAAUGUUCUCACUGCUAAAGCCUCGCUGAGGAACUCAGACAAGCUGGUCCUGCAGACAUCAUGGAAUUGGGACUCUGUCAGUAAUUUGAUCACAGGUUUCAAGGACCGGAUCCCUCUAAUGACCAACGCUUUGCUCAAGUUCAUCAACAAGUACCACACCACACACUUCAGCAUCGAUCUCAACCAAGCUGUUGUGAAGCUGAGGAACGCAGUGCUUAAUCUGAUAGAGAGGGUCUACCAGGAGGUUCCUGUUUCCUUCAGCAUGCUGCAGGGUUUAGUUGAAAGCCUUGCUGAUCAGGGAAAGGACAUGUACACCAUGUUUUCUAACACCCUGAUGUUCACUGAUCUGAUGAAUCUCACAGACGUGCUGAUCCAGGAUGUGGGAAGUGGCCUCAGACACACAUGGUACAGCGCUGGAGUUCUGCUAGAGCCGGGCACAGACAUUUUAAACAAUAAAAACUUCUCUGUUCCUGGAUCAGUGAGGAAGCUCCCCAUCAGGGAGAGGUUCCAGCAAGGGUUUUCCAGCCUUAGGGAGAUGAUUUCUGACCACAUCAGGAGGACACAGUUCACCAUUCCCGGGACUGAAGUUGUUCUUAAUGGAAACAAGAUCAUGAAAAACCUAAAGCGGGGAGCAGCAGCUGUGCAUCAUGUCAUGGAGCUGCUUCAGCGGACCCUUAACAACAUGUUGCAGCUCCUCGCUGAGAAAGCAGAGAACCUCCAUGUCUACCUCAAAGACUCAAACCAGCAUGUUUCACCUCAGGUCCAAGCAGCUCACAGUAAGAUCAUAGAAUAUUCCAGACACCACACGGAUGAAGCAAAGAGACGUGUCUCUGAGUAUAAAGAGCUCGUCCAGCUGAAGGUCCAUGACGCAUACAAUGCUUCUAGCAUGGAGCGAGUAAACAGCGCCACCAAAGACUUUUUCAGUGUAGUACAAUCUAAUCUCUCUGAGAUGGUUAAUGAGAGUUUGGAUGUGCUAAAGAAGGUGUCUCAGAGCACUGCGCCGUACAUCCGAGUGGGAAAAGACAAGGUGGAUGUAGAAAUUCCUCUUCCUUUUCUCUGGAAAUCCUUUAGCGAGUGGCCGACUCUGUUUAGACCCUGAAGUUAAAACCCAUCUUCUUCUAAUCUGCCUCAUAUCCAAGUUACUGCUACUUGGUGAUCCAUGAUUUAAUCUCCGAAGAAUAAAUAAAGAGAACAUUGAGAA